UCUCCUAAUAUUACUUUCUUCUUCAGCAAUCCUCUCACCCUGUCUCCGUCUUUCUGAUACAAUCAGCCAUGUCUGGGGAUUCAGCCAGUGCAAUUCAAAGAAGCCAAGUGGAUUUAGUGGACUUUAUUGACUGGUCUGGGGUUGAAUGCCUCAACCAAAGCACUAGUCACUCUCUUCCCAAUGCUCUCAAACAGGGUUACAGAGAAGAUGAUGGAUUGAAUCUGGAGAGCGAUGCAGAUGAGCAGCUCUUGAUUUAUAUACCUUUCACUCAAGUUAUAAAGCUGCAUUCUCUUUUGGUCAAAGGACCUGAGGAAGAAGGUCCUAAAACAGUGAAAUUGUAUUCAAAUAAGGAGAACAUGGGCUUUGGCAAUGUCAAUGACUUUCCUCCAAGUGAUACAGCUGUUCUAUCCCCAGAUGAUAUCAAGGGGAAACCGAUAGUUCUGAAAUAUGUCAAGUUUCAAAAUGUUCGUAGCUUGACAAUUUUUAUUGAGGAUAAUCAUUCUGGCUCUGAUAUCACAAAAGUACAGAAGAUUGCUCUGUUUGGAACAACGGUGGAGACAACAGACAUGAAGGGCUUAAAGAAGAUUGAAGAUCAUUGACACUGAAAAGAGGAGAUGAUAGAAGUGGAUGCAUAGAUGCAUUUGGGUCGCUAGGAAGCAUGUUAAGGCUUCUCAUUCUUUUUCCUUUUGCAAAAUUUUUGAUUAAAUUUACAACAUAGAACUGCGUCAAGAAUGGGAGCUUCUAUGAUUAUCUGUGUGGACUUCUGGCAUACCCUUUAUCGGUGUGGUUGUGGCAAUUUGAUGGAUUCUUGCAUUUGAAGUUGCAUAAAAUUCUGCUGAAUUGUUUAGUUGAUAGGUUAUUUUGAUCUAGAAACUUGCUCUGCAAGCCAACUUGGUAAUGAACUGCAUGAAAUUGUGAUAAAAGUUUCUGACAAGCAUCGACUGUUUUGUUUU